AUGAGAAAGAAAUAAGGUAAGAAAACUUUUCAAACUGGAGAAGAUGGGAUUCGUUAGAUUGUAAAUUAAAAUAAAUAAAAAAUUUCUGAUAUCAUAUAUGAAAAAUUGACGUUUUGUAUUAUAGAAAGUUAAAGCAUUACUCCAAAUUAAUUUGCAAAAAAAUGGUUAACUUAAAAUUCUUAAGUUCGGACAGACAAUCUUUUGGCCGGUUUUGUUGAUUUACACUAUGCUCCUUUUGUUGAAAUGAGAAACUAAAAUGUUAAUUAUUAAAUCUUGAAUACUAAGUUAUUAGAUAGUAGUCGCUGGAGUUAUAAAAUUAUGAGUAUAUAUUUUUAAAUAAAAUCUAGAUAAAUUUGCAACAAAUGCAUUGUAAAAAGAUAAUGACACUAUACAUUUAUUGGCAUAUAUGUAAACAAUUCUAAUGGGGUAUUUUUCUUAAGCAGAUUAAUCUAUGAUUACAACAUUAAUAAAUUUUGAACAUCUUGGUCCACUUUAGGCAUUCUUCUAUACAAAAACAGAUAAAAAUAUUACACUUUUUUGGGAAGUUGGUAUUGAUAAAAUUCCUAAAAUUGCUCGAGUAGGUUAAGAAUAUUAGAAAGAUUUGUUAGGUUAUGAUUAUAUACAUACAAUUACAUUCAUUGAUUGUAGAUAUGAUAGCAAUGUUGAUUAAAUUGCAACAAAAUUAAUUGCAUCUUAUUAUUAAGAUGUUUAAACUGCCAUACAUAGAUAAGAUUAUUAAGCAGUGAUAACAAACUCAAAAAAUUAUCAAUUUAAGAAGCAUUCAUCUUAAGAAUAUUUAUUUUCAAUUUAAGCUAAUGAUUUAGGAAGUAUGCAUGGAGAAUUAGAAUAUAAAAAAAGACAAAAUGAUAUUAUUAAAUGGUUGCCACAUACUUUUCCAACUGUUUAUUUAACAAAAUAAGAAUAGAAAUCAUUUAAAUAUGAUAAUUAACUUUAAAGAUGGGUUAGUAAAGAUUAUGAAGUUAUAUAAUAAGCUAAGAAAAUGAGAGAAUAUUAAGCUAAGAUAAAUAAAGAUUUAUUAAAAAGAUAUGCUGAUUUUUCAUCAGCAGCUAAACUAGUUGAAUUAUUAUAAAAAGUUCCUAAUUUUAAAAUAAAAUUAACUGAAGAGGAAUAAGAAGUUGUUGGAUCAGAUGGAAAUGUAAUGGUUAUUGGUAGAAGUGGGACAGGUAAGACAACUUGUUCAAUAUUAAGACUAUUUGCAAUGGAAACAUUAUUUAAAUUAAGAUUAGAAUUAUAUAAAUAGAAACAUGAAAAUGUACUUUAGAAUUAUAAAUAUGAUGAUGAAGAAGUAAAUAAUAACGUUGGAUUACAUUGUGUUUUUGCAACUGCAAGUCCUGUAUUAACAACAGAAGUGAAAAGAUAUUAUGGAAAAUUAACAGCAUAAAUUAAAGCAGAAUUAGAAAAAAAGAAAUAAAAAGAUAGAUUAAAACGACUAUAAUAAAAAUAAGAAUCAUAAAAAUAAUUAAUUGAGAAUUAAUUUAAUUAAAGCACAGUUUAAAUUUUAGAUGCAAAAUAAAUUGAAGAAACAUAUUUUGAAUAAUAAAUUGGAGGGAUAUAAUUAUAAAAAGAGUAAGAAGGAUUUUAAGAAGAUUUAAAUGAAGAGGAUUGGGAAGAAGAAGAAGAGAAAUUGAAAUAAGAAUUAAAUGCAUUUCAUUCAUUUGCUGAUAUGUAAGAUUCAGAUUUUCCAGCAUUUUUAACAAUAAAAAAGUUAGUACUAUUAAUUGAUGGAUCAUUAUCAAAUCCAUUCUUUUCUCGUACUUAAGAUAAUAAAAUAGUUAGAUCUAAUUCUCAUGCUUAAUGGAACACUGAAAAUACAGGAACCAUAUUUAUAAAUACUUAUAAAAAGGAAGAAGAUUAAGAUAUUGAAUAUGAUGAUGAAGAGUAUGAAGAAUUAUUUGAAGAGAAUGAAUUAAAUAUUGAUGAUAUGGAUGAAUAAUAACUUGAAGAAGAAUAUUAAAGACAAAUAUAUUUAAUGAACAAACCUUAAUUAUAACCUAAAGUAGAGAGCAAUAUGACUAAACUUUCUUAAGAAGUAGAUUUUGACUUUUUUUUAAAUAAUUUUUGGUUUAGUAAAAAAAAUAGAUACUCAAAUAAUAAUUUAAAUCCAGCAUUUGUUUGGACUCAAAUAUAUUCUCAUAUUAAAGGUGCUGCAGCAUCUCAUACAUAUCCUGGACAUUAUAUGCCUAAAAAAGUAUAUUUGAGAUUAAAUAAAAAUGAUUAACUAUUUGAUGAAAUAUAUUAAUGUUACAUUCUUUAUGAAAGAUGGAAGAUUUAGUAAGGAUAUUAUGAUUUUAUGGAUGUAGUUAAUCAUAUUCUUGUUUAAUUAGUAUAUGGAAAAUGUAAUCUUAUUCCAAUUCAUUAUUUGAUGAUUGAUGAGUGUUAAGAUUUACCUCAUGCAGUUUUACUUUUGUUGUGUAAAAUAACUGAAUAAGGUUUAUUUUUUAGUGGAGAUACUGCUUAAAAUAUUGCAAAAGGUGUUGGAUUUCGAUUUUAAGAUUUGAAGUCCCUUUUUAAAAAACCUGAAAUUUCUUAUAAUGCAAAAUCAAAUGAUUUAAAAAUUCAUUAACUCACUAUUAAUUUUAGAUCACACAACAAUAUAUUAUAAUUAGCAAAUAGUUUAGUUUCUUUAUUAGAAAUCUUUUUUCCAACUACAAUUGAUAAAUUAAAAAAAGAAAGAUCUAACAUUUCAGGUCCUAAACCAAUCUUACUUAAUGGAGAUAAAGAUGAUUUAUUUUAUCUAUUGUCUGGAGAAACAGCAGAUAAUAAAUAAUAUGUUGGGGAAAGAUUACCUAUUGAAUUUGGUUGCAAUUAAGUUGUAAUUGUAAAAGAUUAAGAAUCAAAGAAAGAUAUUCCUACCAUUUUAUAGCAUGCUCUUGUAUUAACAAUUUAUGAAGCAAAAGGAUUAGAGUUUGAUGAUGUUAUCCUCUUUAAUUUCUUCUAAGAUCAUUAUAUAGGAGAUACUUAAUGGAAAUUAUUAUAGACUUGUGAGAUUCUUGAUGAAGAAAUAUCUAAAGAGAAAUUUUAAGAUAGUUGUACUCAACAUUAGACUUUAAAUGAUGAAGCAACUAUUUUUACAGGAUUUGAGGAAAGGAAUGGUAAUAUAAUAGUGUAGAGAAUUAUAACAUAAAAAAAAUUUUAUGAUGAAUUAACAUACAAUUAUAGUUCUUUAUGUAAUGAGAUAAAAUAAUUGUAUGUUGCUGUAACAAGACCUAGACAAAGAUUGAUAAUAUAUGAUGAAAAUCCUUAAGCUAGAUAAUAUAUUUAAACUAUUUGGUAAAAACUAAAUUUAAUUGAUCAUUUUGUUGGAACAAAUUUAAAAGAUAAAAAUGUUGAAAGGUUUGCAAAAUAAACAUCUAAAGAGGAAUGGAAAAAAUAAGGUUUGAAAAUGUUUAGAAACAAAUAUUAUGAAUAAGCUGAAAAAUGCUUUGAAUAAUCUAAGGAUGAAUAACUCUUCAUAAAAGCAAAAGCUUUUAAAAUUGCAACAUAAGGUAAUGUCCUUAUUUAAUAAUAUUAACAAUCUUCAUCUAGUUCAAUGAAGAAAAAAGAUAAAAAAUAACUUUUAGCAUCAUUAAAAUAAUAAUAGAAAGAUAAGUUUUCAGAAUCAGCUCAAUUAUUUUUGAAAAUAUAGAAUUAUAAAUAAGCAGCUUAAUGUUAUUAUUCAUGUGAGAUGUAUUAAGAAGCAUUAAAUAUAUAUGCUGAACAUUAAAUGUUUAAUGAGGCUGGAGAAGCAGCUUAUAAAUGUUAAAAGUAUUCUGAAGCAGCAGAUUAUUUUAGAAAAUCUAAUGAUUUUAUUAGAGCAGUAGAUGCAUGCGAAAAAGCAGAAGCAUAUGAAGAUAUAUUUAUAGUAAUUCAUUAAUUGAGAGAUAAAAUUCCAGUUGAAACUAGAUCUGCUUUUCUAAAGAAGUAUUUACCUAUAAUAUUAAAUAAAAUGACAAAUUAGAUUGGAUAAAUUGAAUAAGUAUUAGAUUAACAAAAAAUAAAUUAAGAAAAAAAUGCACUUGUUAUUGAAGAAAGUUCAGAUGAAGAAGAUGAUGAUGAAGAUGAUGAGGAAGGAGAGUAAGAAAAAUAUUAAUUAGAAAAAAAUUAAAUUAAAGAAAGAAAUGAAUAAAAAAUAGAUAAUAAAUAAGAAUAAAUUAUUGAAUUAAGUAGUUAAUUAAUCUAAUCACUUCCUGAUUAAUCAUAUCCAUCUAUUUUAAUUAAAUAAGAUAGCAUGAAUAAUAAUUCAGAAGAUUCUGAAUCUUUUACUAUUUAAAACAUUGAAAGUUUUUAAAUUGAAUAAAGUAAGGUUUAAGAUAGUAAAAUAUUAAGUGUUACAGAAUCAGAAUCAUUUUAAGUUGAAAAGACAUUAAAAGAUGAAGAUGAAUAAAACUUUGAACAUUUAUCACAUUUUGAUCCUGAAGAUUAAUGGUUAAAAAAUGAUAACAAAUCUAUUAUAGAAUCUAUUGCAUCAAAAAAAAGUGAGCAAUCUGAUUUUUCUGCUUUUUCUUAUGCUUAAAUUUAAAGCAAUCCUAAUGUAUAAUUUGUAAAAACAAAAACAGAUAUUUUUAUUUAAGAUUAAAUUAUGUAGUAAAUUAUUAAAUAUAUCUCUAUGUUUUCAGAUGAAUUUAAAUAUUAAUUGUAUAAUUAAAGAAGUAAAUCUGCAUAAUUAAGUAAUAAAUAAAUUGAUUAAAAUGAAUUUGAUUAUAUGGUUGAUUUUAUAUUAGAUUUAGAUUUGGUUGAUAUAUCCUUUAUUUAUUUGGUAUUAGAUAUUUUAGAAUAAUUCAAAAAUUACAAAUUAUGUAUUUUUGUUUGCAAUAGAUAUAAAUUAGCUGAUCAAUUAGGUAGAUAUUUAGUAUCAAUUGCAUCAACCUAUUCACCAAUUGCAUUACAUUCAUCUAGUUUAAAUGUUUCAUAUUUGAUUAAUGGAAAGUAAAGAUAAACAUAAAUUGAUAAAGGUUUAGUUGCAGCUUUUGCAGUUCAUAAUGUUUUUGAAAAUAUUAAUCCAGAAUUCAUUACAUUAAAAUAUAAUGAUAUCAAAUUAACAACUUAAAAUUCAUUAGGUUUAGAAUGCUAUUCUUAAUUAAUUUUAUUAGGAUUUUGGAAGAAAACUGUAUAUUAAAUGGAUGCUUAAAAUUCAUUAUUAGUUUGUAAAUUAUUUAUGGAUUUCAAAAAUUGGAGGUUUAUUUAUUAUACCAAUUUAAGCCAUUAAGUAACUAACAAGAUUUUAGAAAAUGAACAUAAAGAUAGAGAUUUAUCAUAAGUAUAUUAAACAAUAUUAACAUUAAUAUAAAAGAAGCUUGAUAUUUGUUUUUCAACAAUGAUAAGAAGUGUUGAUAUGUUAAUAUUUACUUAUCCAAAAGAUUAAUAAGAAAUGGAAUUUGCAAUUAUCACCUUAGAAUAAUAUUAUAGAGAAUUAAUCACAUAAAUGGUAUUGAAUCAUAAGGUUCCAUAAACAUUAUUUUAUAGACCUAAUACAUUAGAUAAUCAAAAAAAUAUUAAAGUUGAAUUAAAUCCAAAAUAAAAUCUACCAAAAAUGUAUUCAUUAAGUGAAGAAGUAAUUUAUUAUUUGAUUAAUAAAAAAGAAGUUCCAGAAGAUAUUUUGAAUAAAUUAUGUAACAUUAUACUUGAUUACAAGAAUAUUCAUGAUGAAUUAGAAAUUUAUUAAUCUAUAUUCUUACUUAUACUUUAUUGUUAAUAUGUUGUACAUAAUUCAGGAUUGGUUAAGACUUAAUCUUGGAUUACUUAAUUAGAUGUGAAAACAUAUACUUUAUUAAUAAAAUCUAUUAGAUUUAUCAAGACUUUAUUAAAUACAAAAUAAGAUUGCUUAUAAAAAUUAUCAAAAAUUGUUAUUAGAAGUGUAUUAUUUUACUUUAAAAUCAGAUAACCAGAUAAUGUAACUUUACUCAAACCUUAUAUUAAUUCAUUAAUAAUUCACAGAUCCUCUGUAAUAAUAUAAGGUUUAAUUGAAAACAGACAUAAUUUAUAAUUGAAUGGAAAUAAAAUUGUUUUAGAUGAUUAAUACUUUGUUGAUAUUGAUUUUGAAUUCAUUAGUGCACCAAGAUCUUCUAUAAUAUUUUAGAUUAUAAAGAAACUUAAUAAUGAAUUGAAUUCCAUAAAUUCUAUAAGGAGGGCUACUUUUGAAGAAUAUCAUUUUGAUCAAUUAUACCCACAUGAAUAUGAGGAUCAUUUUGAAAACAUAAAUAUUUAUUUAUACAGUAAAUAAAGAUUCACUAAUUCAAUUAUUUAAAAUUAAAAAUCAAAAGAGAACACUAGUUUGUAAACUGUUGAUGAUUGCAUAAAGUAAGAAUAAUAACAAAUUUAUUUGAAAAUAUAAAAAGAAUAUAAUUUAAAGUAAGGAUUAAAAGCUAAAUAAAUGGAUGAUGAUCAAAUUAAUCAGAAAUUGUUAUUUGAAAAAAAAAAAGGGUAAAAAGCUUAAUAAAUUUAUCUUGUGAAAAAUCCAUAUAUUAAAUGUCAAUCAUCAGAAUCAAGAACUUAUAUAACUAACUGUGCUAUAAAAAAGAUAAAUUAAUAAUUUAAUGAUUCAUAAUCUUUCCAUUGUGCUAUGAUAAAAUUUAUCCAUUUAAUGAAUUAUGCUAAUAAUAACCAUUUUACUUAUCAAUACAUUAAUAGAAAAAUUGAAUAAGGAUAAUGUAACAAAUAUGAGCCUUAUCUUCAAUACUUAGAAUGUUUAAUAUGUAAAAAGUAUAAUGUUAUAUCUGAUGCCACAGAUCUAUAUUUCUCUUAUCAAGAAGUAAGAUAAGAUUUUUUAACUCCAGAUGAAUAAUAUUGUUAAUUAACUUAUUUAUUAAUGAAUAACAUAAUUGGAUAUUUAUUAUAAACUAAGAAUAAUUGUUAAAUAUUAAUUCCAAAUAGAUACUUUAUCUACUUUGAUAAAAUUACUUAACCAGAUUAAUAGUCAUAUUUAUAUGAAACAAACUUUCAUCCUGUUUAAAAUUAAGAUGGUAUUGCUAAAAUAAUUUAACAAUUGUCUAAUUUAUAAAAUAAUUUACCUUAAAUAACCAGUUUUAAAACUAUGAUGCUCAUCUACACAUUAGUGUUGAAUUUAGAUGAUAUUAAAGUUAAUGUAAUAAAUAAGAUAAAAACAAUCAUUAAUAAUUAAAUAGCUUAAGAUUAAGUAGAAUAAUAUAAAUAAAUUAUGACAGUAGUCAACCUUCCUUAAAAAUAAAGAUUUGAUGCUCUGACUGAUAAUUCUAAUAUUAUUAAAUUACUCUUUGCUAAAGGUAUUAAAUUAUAUUAAUUAAAUAUUAUAAAUAAAUUAACAGCAUAAACAAUUGAUAAUGCAUAUUAGAGUUGUUUAGAUGAAUGGUCUAAUUUAUAAUAAAAAAGUGAAGAACUUGAAAAUAAAACAAGAAAAAUAAUUUAAGCUUUUAAAGAAAAGAAGUAAUAAUUCUAUAAACCAUAUUAAUAUGCAUUUGGUGAAUACGAAUUACCAAGAAAAUUAAAAACUUCCUAAUAUAUUGAUAUAAUCAAUGAGUUUAUUAGAGUAAGAAAGAUAUUAUUGUCAACGUUUUAUUCUAUGUUGUUGACAAACUCAAUUGAUUUCCACUUUAUUUCAUAACAACUAAGACAUCUUGAGAAGAAAGAAGAUGAAUUCCAUUCAAUAUUAGGAAAAUAUUAUUCAAAAAAGAUGGUCAAAUAAGAAUUUAUUGAAUUGUAUGAGGAAUAAUAUAAGAAUACAUCAGUUAUUAUUGAAACCUUAUUAAAAUGGUAAUAAAAUAAUGUUACAUUUGAAUAAAAUGCUAAUAAAUUACUAGAAAGAAAUAGGAAAUUAUUAGCUUUAAAAUGGAUGACUAAUAAAGCAGGUCUUGCACUUUAAAAGAUUCAAAAGAGAAAGAAAGGAUUAAAGAGAUAGAAAUUAUAAGAAUAAAAGAAAUAAUUUAUGAAAAUAUUCUGA